AUGGAGUUCAUUCUAAGCUAUCUUAAUGGCAGUGCCAUUACUAUUCUUUCUCUAGUUCUCUUGUAUCUGUGUCUGUAUAAUAAUCCCUUCAAAUUUUGUAAUCAAAAGAAGAAAGAGGCUCCCAAAAUUGAAGGUGCAUGGCCAAUACUCGGUCACCUUCCAUUGCUGAGUGGUUCGCAAACACCUCACAGAACUUUGGGUGCUUUGGCUGAAAAAUAUGGACCCAUAUUCACCAUCAAACUUGGUUCCAAGACGGUUCUGGUAAUCAACAACUGGGAAGUUGCAAGAGAAUGCUACACCACAGUGGUGAUGGUAGGAGCAGCUGACACAAGUAGUACUCUUCUUACAUGGACAAUAUGUUUGAUUUUGAGAAAUCCAUUAAUAUUGGAAAAAAUAAAAAAUGAACUAGACAAUCAUGUUGGAAAAGAAAAAUGUGUAAGUGAGUCAGAUAUAAGUAAGUUAAUAUACCUUCAAACCAUAGUGAAAGAAACUUUAAGAUUAUAUCCUCCUGCUCCUCUUUCGGGACUUCGUGAAUUCACAGAAAAUUGCAUUUUAAGUGGUUAUAACAUAGAAAAAGGAACUUGUUUAAUUACAAAUAUUUGGAAGAUUCACACAGAUAACAAUGUUUGGGAAGAUCCAUUGGAGUUCAAACCAGAAAGGUUUCUAACAACACACAAAGACGUUGAUGUCAGAGGUCAUCAUUUUGAGCUAUUACCAUUUGGAGGUGGUAGAAGAAUGUGUCCAGGAGUAUCUUUUGGCCUUAAAAUGGUGCAUUUCACUCUUGCUACUUUUUUGCAUUCUUUUGAAAUUUUAAGUCCAUCAUCUGAUCCUAUUGAUAUGACUGAAAUCUUUGGAUUAACAAACACCAAAGCCACUCCACUUGAGAUUCUUAUUAAACCAUGUUCUUUCUUUUAGUUGUUGUUAGAGCAACUUGUGCUUGUGUUUAGCAAAGUGGUCAUAGUGUAUCUUUGUAAUUUUUCUUUGCCAUCUUUGUAUUUUCGUUAAAAGUACUUGUUUGAUGUGUAUCUUAAU